GAAACGAAGAGCACAGCUGAGGUCGAUCCCUGCUGCAGCGGAGCACAGCGGCGCCCUCCGCCCCGAAUGGGCACGUCUCUCUCCCUUUGUUUUUGUUGUUUUUCUCUCUCUCUCUCUCGCGCGCGCGCCCUCCCAGGCGAGAGGUCCAUCGAGGAGGAGGAGGAGGACGAGGAGGAGGCCGACGAAUUCCACGACCAGGCGUCGGCGGGUGCCUGCGCGAUCCUGCAAGACCAGAUCAUCUUGACCACGUCGAACCCGUUCGAGCGCCUGGCUCACUCGUACGCGCUCGCCCAGUCGGUACGGCUGAGCGUGUUCGAGGUGUCCGUCGACAGGUCAAUCGAAGAGACACGAAGCGUGCCAGAAACGAUGGCAAGAACUGGAGACGUCCACCUCGACCAUACGCAGCUUUCAAAGCGCAUGGGCAAUAUCCUCAUGCUAAGGUGCGACGUGAACCUUCACACGGACAUUCUCGAUACACCAGACAUUUUCUGGGACGAGGACAAGUUUGAACCCCAUUACGUUGCAUGCCGCAAUUAUAUGGACAUUGACAAACGGGUCGAGAUUUUGAAUCAGCGGCUUGGGGUGUUGAAGGAUUUGUACGACCUUUUGCAGAACAGUCUGAACGUGAAGCAUGGAAAUAAGCUGGAGUGGAUUAUCAUAAUUCUAAUAUUGCUGGAAGUGGUCCUAGAAGUGUUAGAGCUGGUCCACGAUGCAUACGCAGGAUGAGAAGCCUGGAGCGACGUUGGACUAAAAUCAUCUGUCGCUGUUGGCAGUCAUCGUGUAAAGGCCGUUGGCACGAAUUGGCAAUGCAGGUUCACCACCACACCCGAAUCUACGCCAAGUGCAGUCUUGACACCCCCUCUUGCCACAGGUGAACAGGUGGGACCAGCAUUUGUGGUCGAAUCGUUUCAAUCUCAUCGGAAUCAUCGGUGGAGGACUCAGCACUCUCAGCUGAGCCUUGCUUGUUCUGUGAAUAUAACCGGUCCUGAAGAUACGC